UUUUUUGUAAAUCCGCCUGAUUUUUUCUUGGUUUGUAUUUAGAUCCGGACAGAGUUAACACAGUGUUUAGAUUUCUUGUUUUUUUCUGGCGGGUAAUGACAGUCCUUGCUUUUUUCAUAUUUUAUUAAAGGUAUAUUUGUAUUGAUGUUGGUUUGCUACGUUAUGAGGUCACAGGUUCGAUUUCCCGGUAGAACAAUGACGUCGUACCCCUGAGCAAGGUACUUAACCUGCAUUGCUUCAUUAUAUAUCCGGCUGUAUAAUUUGAUACAAUGUAAAUGCUAUGUAAAAAAAAAAAAAAAGUUUUGUAAGUCGCCUUGGAUAAGAGCGUCUGCUAAAUGCCUGCAGUGUAAUGUAAUAUAAUGUAAUGUGGGAAUUUGCAUCCUUCUUAGGACAUUUUUGUGCGCACAGUGGCGCUGUUCACCGAUUUUAAAAGCUUUCAGAUUACCAGGAAAUCGAGCAAGCAUCCUGCGAUCAGUCUCCGCCUUCUCUUAUUUUGAAAUUUCUUUCGGAUUCCCUUCCCAGUAAUAUUUCCAGAGAGAUUGUUUCCCGUAUGUCAGUUCGGUUGAUCGGUUGAUUCACUCGACGUUUCCGUUUUCACCCACAUCCGGCCAAAUUAUGCUUCUUUCCUUCGCAAUCAAAAGGUAUGUUGCGCUUCUCAUCGUUUUUCUAGGCGUAUGGAAGGCGACAUUCUCGGUCACUCAUUAUUCUAUUCCCGAAGAAAUGGAGGAGGGAUCUGUUGUCGCAAAUUUAGCCACAGACCUGGCUAUAAACAUCCGUUCUUUGCCUGAACGCGAAAUAAGACUUGAUAUAAUCGACAACAAAAAAUACCUCGAGGUCAACAAAGAUACGGGCGAGCUGUACAUUGGAGAGCAGAUAGACCGAGAGUCCUUGUGCAUAACUAAGACUUCCUGCUUUCUGAAACUGGAUGUGAUUAUACAGAAUCCACUACGUAUAUUUCACAUCGAAUUGGAAAUAACGGAUAUCAACGACAACGCUCCACAUUUUAGACGCGACCGGAUACAACUGGACAUUUCAGAGUCGGCUACUCCAGGAGAGAGGUUUUCUAUUACGAAUGCUGUGGAUCCUGAUGUUGGUUCGAAUUCCGUUAAAACAUACUCUCUUAGUGAGAGCGAUCAUUUUAAAAUCGAAAUUCAGACGGGAAGAGACGGUUCUAAAUUUGCAGAUCUAAUUUUGAAAAAGCCUUUAGACCGAGAGAAGCAGGCUGUACAUAAUCUGAUACUCUCCGCAAUAGAUGGCGGAGUUCCCGCUCGUUCUGGCACCACCAGCAUUACAGUUCAAGUUAUGGAUACGAAUGACAACACCCCCCAGUUUGAUCAAGAUCUUUAUACCGUGAACAUAACGGAAAAUUCCCCUAUAGGGAGUCUAAUCAUAAAAUUGAAUGCUACAGACAUAGAUGAGGGUCCAAAUGCAGAAAUUGUAUAUACGUUUACUCGAUACACCUCCGAGAUGGCGCAAGACGUUUUUUAUUUAAAUCCUGAUAAUGGUGAGAUAAGAGUUAAAGGGGAAAUAGAUUAUGAAGAAACAAAAGUAUUCGAAAUUCAUGUGGAAGCCAAAGAUAGAGGCCACAUCCAGUUGUCAACGAACUCUAAAUUAAUUAUUUUUGUUACUGACAUGAAUGACAAUUACCCCACAAUUACCAUCAAAUCGUUUCAGGCUUCUAUCAAAGAAAGUGUUGCCUUAGGUACUGUAAUUGCUCUAAUAAGUGUAAGUGACCGGGACUCUGGCGAGAACGGUCGAAUCGAAAUUACAAUCAACGAACAGUUGCCAUUUUCUCUACAGAAGUCGUCAGAAAGUCAUUACGAUUUGGUUGUCAUGGAACCCUUAGAUCGUGAGAGAGUCCCAGAGUAUGACAUCACUUUAACCGUCAGAGACAGGGGAUCCCCACCUUUGUCUGAUAACAAAACAAUCACUUUGGAACUCUUGGACGUUAAUGACAACGCGCCCCGGUUUGCAAAAUCCUUCUAUACCAUCCCAGUAUUGGAAAACAACUCACCUGGAUUACUUCUGAGUUCGGUUACUGCGUUUGACCCAGACUUCCGUGAAAACCAGUAUCUAGUUUAUUUCAUAAUUGAAAAGGAAAUCGCGAACACAUCAAUGUCCAUGCUCUUUUCCAUUAACCCAGAGAAUGGAGAUCUUUACGCACUAAAAACGUUUGACUACGAGAGAGAAAAAGAGUUCCUUUUCCACAUUGAAGCCAGAGAUUCGGGUGUCCCUCCACUCAGCAGUAAUGUCACUGUGCACAUCGUUAUUCUCGAUCAGAAUGACAACACCCCACUCAUAGUGUCUCCAUGGCGGGCGCACGGCUCUGUGGUUGAGGAAGUGAUCCCAAGAUCCACAGACAAAGGGCACUUGAUAGCCAAAGUUAUCGCCAUUGAUUCUGACUCUGUGCAGAACUCCCGGGUCACAUACCAGUUUCUACAGGUUCCAGACGCGACUUUAUUCAGCCUGGACCAGUACAAUGGAGAAAUCCGGACAAUGAGAAUGUUCAGUCACAGAGAUCCCCAUCAUCAACGACUGGUCGUCAUUGCCAAGGACAAUGGAGAUCCGGCACGUUCUGCUACAGUUACCAUUACAUUAUCAACGGUGGAGCACGUCGUUAAGGCCUUUUCUGAAACUUCCGAAAUUCCUUUGGAAUAUGAUACCUUUUCAUACUUAAAUCUGUACUUGUUGAUUGGUUUGGGAUCUGUGUCAUUUCUGUUAUUGAUGACCAUAUUGAUAACCGUCGUGCUGAAGUGUCAGAAGCCUAAACCCACCAAGCCUAAACCCGACCCCUCCCUGCCGAAACAGCGUAGUUAGCCAGAGGAGCUCUACUGUAGCAGAUUCCAUUCUGGUGUCCAACGAGGCGUUCUGGUACAGAUUGUUUUUAGCGGAGACAAGGGAAGGAAAAAUGGUGAUUAGACAGCCUAUACCGAAGAGUGGUGGUUACAUCGUUUCCAA